AUGACCACCCAACCCCGCUUCUCCCCCACCGACAUCACCGUGGUCUUCAUCCUCGGCGGCCCUGGCAGUGGCAAAGGCACACAAUCCAGCAACCUGGUCCGCGACUAUGGUUUCACCCACCUGAGCGCCGGCGAUCUCCUGCGCGCCGAACAAGUCCGCGAAGGCAGCCAAUACGGCGACCUCAUCAAGACCUACAUCCGCGAGGGCAAGAUCGUGCCCAUGGAGAUCACCGUCGCAUUGCUGUCCAACGCUAUGGCCGACGCCCUGGCCUCCGGCAAGAAACAACAGCACGAAGGUGGCCCCAAGCCCCGCUUCCUCAUUGAUGGAUUCCCCCGCAAGCUCGACCAGGCCGUGUUCUUCGAGGAUACCGUGUGUCCGUCGGAGAUGACCCUGUUCUUGGAUUGUCCUGAGGAGGUCAUGGAGACGAGGUUGUUGAAGCGUGGAGAGACCUCCGGUAGGGAUGAUGAUAAUGCGGAGAGUAUCCGGAAGAGGUUCCGUACGUUCGUCGAGACUAGUAUGCCUGUUGUCAAGGCGUUCGAGGAGCAAAAUAAGGUGGUUUCAGUGACGGCGACGGGAUCGGUCGAUGAGGUGUAUGAGCGCAUUCGCGAGGGAUUCAAAAGUAAGGGCAUUAAUCCUUUGUAA